UAUCAACCUUGCUAAAUGAAAUUGGAGAUUAUGAAUUUCAAGUCUGUAUUUCUGAGUGCUUAUUUAGAAUUAUACCAAAAAAGGUGCGAGACCAGACAAUAUCUACAGUUUUCAAAAACCAAGCACGAAGAAAAGACUUUCUAAGCAUUAGAGACAAUGAAUUUGAAACUGAUUGCAGAAUAUUUUUAAACAAGUUGAAUGCAUCAUUGAAGAAAAGCAAUAGAGUGUUUUCAGUACCAUGUAACAAAGCGUGGCUUGGAGAUAAAGAGUUGCACAAGCCUGAUGAUCCAAAUUAUGAUACCUUCUGGGUAGACUUAAAUGCUGGCAGUGAGAGACUUACUAUCUUCUGUGGAUCUUACAAUAGUUCAGAGAUGUCACAUGAAGAUAUGUGGGAGACAUUAACAGUUUGGAAGGAUGAUGUAAAUUCAUUUAAUGUCAAAAAAAUAAAGGAAGUGAAAGUUGUGAACAUUUUGUUCUCCAAGAUGGUAUCAGAUAUAUAUCCUAGUCAACAGGAUGUGAGUGGACGGAGUGUUAGAUUACAGUUUUAUGCUGAUUGUUGUGUAGAAAAUGCCUUGGAAUUAACAUUUGGAUCAGAUAGGACUACACAGAAAGUUUCAUCAGUUUCUACACCACUUGCUAUUCAUAAAGAAGAAAGUAGUCAGGAAUUGCAAGAUGAAGAAAUACCUUGUACACCAGUAUCGUUAGUUUAUAGAAGAAAAGUAUCUGUUCCUGAUGUUUAUAUGCCUGUGUUACUUUCUCCUGCAUGUUCAAUUUCUUCUAAAAUAUCAGAACCUGUAUCUGCCAUAAGAAUCAACUUUUCUAAAACUCCACUGAAACAAGGAUCAGCAAAUACCAGCAAAUCUAAAGAAGAGAAAGUAUUCCAGACUCCUACAGUUCCUGUAACCAAACCAAAGCCAAAAGUAAAGACGCCAGUAGUAACUGUUACACCUCCAUCAAAGUCGAGAAAGAAAACACCAACAAUAUCAUUAACAGAUGUUAAUAAAAGAAUGAAUGUUGGGUUGAAAGAUGACAAAACUCUAGCAUCAAAUAACAGAAAAGCUUCUCUUCCAGAAGUUCCUAUUCUGUCCUCCAAUGUUGAUGUUGAAAGUAUUCCAGAUUCUUGUCCUAUGGAAGAUGGGAAAUCUGUUCGCUUAGAGGAGUCUCAGGAUGUUGAGGCCAGGAUAGUAAUGUCUAUUCAGUCAGUAGAAGAAAAAGAUGAAGAAAAGUAUCCAUUCUCCUUAAAGGAAGUAGUUGAAAUACACACAAAACAUGAAGAAGUAACUAGUUUCAAUUCUGAUGAACAUAUUAAUAGUCAUCAUAUCAAAAAGGAAACGCAAAAGAAAUUGAAACAGGGUUUCAAUCUUUUUGUAUCUAAACCAGAAAAGAUAGGAAGAAGUAUCACUUCAGAAACCCCUAACACAAAAGAUGAAGAGUGUAAUCUGCUUUCACAAGAGUAUGACACCGUUAACCAGGUUAUCAAUAAUGAAGAAUUUUAUAAAGAUGAUACUGAUCAUUUCAAAAUUCUAGAAUCUUUUCAUAAAGCACAGAAAAGAUCCACUAAAAAUAAAACAAAAAAUACUGUUCUCAAAAAAGAAGAAAGUCCGAACAUACAGACAAAUAAUGAUAAAGAGAAAAUGCUUAAACGUGAACAUUGUGAAAAGAAGUUGUCCAAUAUAGAUACAAAUAUAUCUUUAGGACAGGAUGAAAAAAAUGAAAUAAAUGGAAAAUGUAGACCUGCUGAAAUGCAAAUGAAGUUUAAAAUGACUGAUAAUCUCUCUGAAACAAAAAAAGGAAAACACAAAAUUACAGAAAAUACCUUUACUAAAGAAAAUGGAUAUGAUCUUGUAUCACCAAAGGCUAUUGCUUUAAACCUUGAUAUUGAUGAUACAGAAAGUAAUUUUGACUUUAAUGAUAACAUUCAAGUCCAAGAAUCUUUUCCAGAACCAAAUAAAGAAUCUACAAAAAAUAAAGGAAAAUGCCAGAAAAAACAGAAAAAUAAUGAUGAGCAUGAGUUGUUGAAUGACAAGUAUAAACAAAAUACUGUGUCCAGUAUGAGAAGAGAUGAAUCAAGUUGUGAUUUUUCUUCAAAUUCUGGAAAAGAGAAUAUUGAUGUAAAUGUUAUAGAAGUUGUAACUUCUAAAACCAAGGGCACUAAAAAAGAACCAAACACAACUUCUAAACUAAAUAAAAAGAUGAAAAAAUCUAAAUCAAAAGAUGGACUAAGUGAAGCUAUCAAGCAUGCAACAAACACUUUCGUAAGUGUUGAUUUAGAAGAUUGUCUGGAUAAGAAAAAUAACCAGCAUUAUGAAGAAAUUAUGGGGAGCAAAAAUAAGAAUGUUUCAAAUAACAAUAAAAAAUUCAAAAGUUUGAUUGGAAAAGAGGCAGAAUUAUAUAAAGAUCUUGAAACAAAUUCAUGGAAAUUGAGACAAGAUAAAUCUAGUGAUGGCAAAACAAGUGUUACAUCUAAAUAUAAUUCAUUUCCUGAGAAUUCUUUUGCUGAAGAACAGCUUCAUUCUUCUUGGAACGAGGAACUUCCUUUUUCUGACCCAGACAUUAAAAAGCAAGCCAAAAAUAUGAAAGAAGCAACAUUUAACCUUCCAGAAAUGCAAGAAUUUGAUGAUGAUAAUAUUGCACAUAAAGAAAUAGAAAUUCAUGACAGUACCACAACAGUGAAAAAUAAUGAUUUAUUUAAAAAAUUUGUAGAAUGUGAUGACUAUGAACUUGUGAUUGAAGAUGACAACAAGUUUCGAAAACAAUUUGAAUUUGUAAUGCCUGAAAAAUACAAAGUAGUAUGUAAUAGCAAUAAAAAAUGUAAACAAAUAGAGAAAUUGGAAAUUCCAGAUUUCAAGUUCAGUGAUCAAGAUGAUGCAGUUCCAUGUAUAGUAAAUAAAGUUGAACAAGAAAAACCCAAAGCAAAAAGUUUAAAUAAGACUGAAAAGGAACCAAAGGGAAACAAAAAUAUGAAAAUAAGUGGUAAAGAUAGUCAUGAUGGUUUUAAUAUUGAUAAGAAGGCUACAAUAAAAAAGGAACAAAAUAAUCAGAAAAAGAAAGACAGUCAGAAGGAAACACAGAAUAGGAAGAAAAGUAUUGGUCAUGAACUUAUAGUUAAAGAUGAAGAAUCUGAUAAUGACCUGAAAGCUAAUUCAUCAUACAAAUUCAAUUGUAAGAAACUUCCAAAGUUUACUGUUUUUGAAGAUAGCGGAAUAAAUGUGGAUGACACAACGCUAGAAGUAACCAUUCCUGACAGUUUAGCAGUAGGUCUACCAUCAAAUAAUGAAACUGAAACAAAACGUAUCAGUGUUAAAGAUAAAGCAAAGAAAAGAUCAAAGGGAAAACCAAGCAACGAUGAGGAAUUUGAUUACAACAUCUGUGAAAGUCUGGAAUUAAACAUAGAGAAUAGUGAUAAUGAAGAGAAACACAAAAGCCAGAAAAGACCAACUGUACCAAAGCUUUAUGUUGCUGAAGAAUUACAUAUAGAUGUUGAAAAGGAUAAUAUCACUGUUCCUAGUCACAUUUUGAUAGAAAAUACUAAGGAGGAAACAAAAGUUCUAGAUGCAGUAAACAAUAAAAAAGUGCCAAUAUCUGGUAAAGCAAGAACUGACAGAAUGAGCAAAAUAGGAAAAUAUUCACUUAGAAAAAGAAACAAGGAGAAAUUAAAGGAAGCCUACAAAAUCUCAGAUGCUGAAGAUGAAAUAUCAAGUACACAAAAUUCAAAUAUUGAUAGUUUUAAUAAACAAUUACAGUUAACUCCUGAUAAUAUUAUAAGUUAUACUCCAAACAAAACAGACAAGUGUUCAACCUUUGAAAUUCUUGAAAAUAAAGAUGAGACUGUCAGUUUGCUAGAUAAACCAAAGCAGUAUGGGCCAAACAAAAGAAAGAGUGAUAGUGCAAUAACACAAAAUAGAAAAUUCUUCCAUUCAAAUUCAUUAUCACAGACAAAGAACAGUCGACACUACAUUACAACUACAGUCCAGAAAAUAGAUUCUUCCUCUUGUUUUGGAUUUGAAAAUCCACGAGAUGAUCAUAUAACUGAAAAGUCCCAGAAUUCCAAAAGAAGUUUGUUGUUGUUGAUGUCUUAUUCUCAAUCAGAUACUUUGUUACCAUGUGAAAAAGGAGAUGCUGGUUCUGAUCCUUAUGACUUUGAAGCUGAAUGCAACAGACAGAAAGGUUUUAAAUCAAGUAAAGUUCUGCAGAAAAAAGGGAGUGCAAAAUCAAAACAACUAUUGUCAAAAACAAAACUUCAGGAUGAUAUAGGUAAAAAGACGAAAAGGAAAAGUCUCAAUUUGCCUGAACAUGUAGGACUUACACCCUUGACAAUAUUUAAUGAUGAAAGUAUGAUAGACAAAACAACUAAAAAAGAAAGACACAACAAAUCUAAUCAUGAUGGGGAAGGGCUGUCACCUGAUUUUCCAUUGUUUAAUGAUGAGAUCAAUACAUACCAAUUGGAAGCGACAAAAGCACCGAAAAAGAGGUCAAAAGGUCAUAAUAAUAAACAAAAAUCAUACAAAGAAAUAAAAGAUUCAAAGAAAGGUAAACUCAACAACUCAGUUUCGUUCAAAGAUGAAUGUGAUAAGAAGCAACGAAAGGUGCAAAAAGAAUUUGAAUUUUAUCCAGAUGUUGAAGAGACUUUUGAUUCGGAUCGGUUAGACCCUACUAAUCUGCAGUCUGUAGUUUUUGAUGAAGUCAGUCUCAGAAAAAUAUCAAAACGUCUGUCAAACAUGACAUCAGAUGAUAAGAGUAAAGCAACUCAAGAUAUAUAUAAUGAGGAUUCCUCUGAUUCACAACAAGUCAGAAUUGGAAAUAUUUUAAAUCAACAGUCAAAUCUUAAGUUAAAUGGUACAAAUUUGCCAAUAGAUAUAGACAGAGGUGUAGAUCCAGCUGUCUCAAUUGAUUCACAAUCACCUGUGCAUUUCCAAAUGAAAGAAUCAUUAAGAAGGAAAAAAAAGGAGGGUAGAAAAAAGAAGGUAGAAAUUUGUUCUGAUGAUGAAAUUGACAAUACAGUUUUGACAAGUGGACCAACAAAGGAAACAAAUUCUAUUCUUGAAAAUUUUAGCAGUAUUUGUAAGAAAAUAGUUGAGAGCAACAAAGAUCAAGAAGAAGAAGACGACAACAGGCAUGUGUCUUCUUAUGAAAUACAAAUAUUAUAUUCUUAG